UUAAACCCACAUUGCAUUUCCACCCCUCUCUGCUCAUUUAAUAUUUCCGGGAAUAUACACUCUUUUAUUUGACCAGGGAUAGUUUGUCCCGACAAUUCCCAGUCAUAUUCUUGAAUUUGUACCACCGGAGUCCCUAUAUGAAUGAAAAUUGCCUUGUGAGCUACCAGUUGAUUGUUACUGAUAGAAAAUAAAAUAUGUUGGCUGUGUGGGAAGACUCCUGAUCGGUGGAACUAUACUGCCGCUUUCCUGUCAACAUUAUUGCAAUGACUAAUCAAUGAGCACGUCCCCAAUUUAUGCUGCUGCAUGCGAUUGCCCAAUAAAUUUGGACGCGCGAUUGGCUGUGAGAUGUUUCGAUACACCACAAGGUUACAUAACCGGAAGUUUAACUCUUCUCUCAGAUUCGACUCCGAGCUCGCCACGAAGGUUCACAUAGGUCGAACAAGAGGGGAAACUCGAACAAAUGGCAACCACACAGUAUGGCCAACGUCCCAAGUACGACAGCGGCGAGAAUGAUGAUUAUGAAUCGACGACUUUAAUCCGCUGGAACAACUUCGAAUUUUGUGGAUUUAGUUUGAAGAUCGCUCGAAUGAUGGAUUCAAGAUUGGGUAUCUCCUCGUAUAUUUGGGACGCGGGCGUUUCUCUUUGCCAGUACUUUGAGAAGGAGGACGUCAGUUUCACUGGGAAGAAAGUGAUUGAGCUGGGAUCCGGCACUGGAAUCGUAGGCAUAUUAGCAGCUCUGUUAGGUGGUAAUGUUACAAUGACGGACAAACCGGAUACCUUGAAGCAAAUAAACAGCAACAUAGCUGUCAACAUCCCUAUUGCAUGCCGACACCGUUUAAAAGUUAGUUCGCUGAUUUGGGGAGAAGAUCAAACUAAAUUUCCCAACGACUACGACUUCAUUCUGGGCUCGGAUAUCGUCUACAGUUCGAUCUGCUACCCGGCGCUGUUGGAAACACUGCGUUAUCUCUGCAAUCAAGGGACAACGAUCUAUCUUUCCUCCGAACUCCGAUCCGGGAAUGGGUCCAUUCCUUUCCAUGACGUCAUCCUGCCUGACUACUUUAACUGCGAGGUCGUGACUAAAUUGGAGCCUAAAUGCAUAGUUGUGUACAAAUUGACUAAAAUUAGUUCAGGGCAAGUUAAGAAAUAGGGAUCUCAAACGGAUGUAUUUGUCUUUCGCUUAAUAACGCAUACAUCACAUGUAGCAAGUAUAUACAUUUCCACUAACACGUCAAGCAUUAUGCAGAUCCUCUAAUAUGCAUUACUACAUUACCUAUGACAAAGAUUUAUCUGUAAACCUAACUAUGAGACAAGGGGAAUUGUAGACGCUGGAAUCUUGAGUGUACCACAACAUGCUCCAAUAACUCCGCGGGUCAGGCGGCAUUUCUGGAGAGAAUGAAUAGGUGGCGUUUUGGGUCGGGACCCUUCUUUAUACCACAAACAUCGCUUGCCCAUGCUGCUUGACCCGCUGAGGUACUCCAACAUUUUGUGUUUCACUAAGAAAAACAUUUCACAUUUUUUUCAAUGAUAAAUUGAACAUGUUUGGUGCCAUUAUUUGUUAUAGAAUUCCCUGAUGCAUAUCCAUAAGCGCAGGAAGACCAGCAGAACUUAUAAGUCAAGUUCAAUUCGACUGCUUACAAACAACCCUGGAUAUGAAAUGUAAGGUACUCUGUAUUUUACAUACAUGAAAGUAGGCAUGUUACUGCGGCGUUACUAGAGCAAUAAACUCUGCGUAAAUAAGCAAGUCCAACGUGCGAUGUUUUUUUUCAAAAACCAUUUAUCAACGCGAGAAUAAUCAUUGUUUUAAAUAAACCAGAACGUGUCAGUGAGAUAGGUUGGCGGUGAAGUUCAAGACGGAUUACGGUAAACUAUCUGAUGUGAUUGGAAUCUACAGUCUUUAUUUGAUGAAAACGAUUUUCAGUAUCUCGGCAACGUGACUGGUCUUGAAAGCCACUCUGCUCUCAGUCCGCUCACGGAUUGGCGAAUUAAGCGGAGAGCAAGCCCGCGUCCAUAGAUCCUCCAGGAACUAAUACCGAAAACUAGUAUUACAUUUGGUAGAUCUGCCCGCGAUAUGUCCGUGAGGGGACGUUCCUGUUUUCUGUCGCCACCCCGGGUUUUCUCCAGUCCAGUAGAAGGUUGAGAACCACUUGUACAUUCUGGGAAAAGAAUAGGAGCUUUCGUAAACAUUCACCCCAGAAGCAAGAAGAGGCGAGCAAUCUUCCAUGAAGUCCUGCCGUCCACGUGGCGUCAUCCGACGAAACAGUUAUCCUUAAAUGAAAAAAAACAUUGGACGUAAUUAGAUUAGGCCUGGUUGGGGACUUCCGUGUACUCGUCAAAGAUGGUUGGCAGUAAUGCCAAACUGCUCCGUCGAAAAUAACUACCGGAUAUGCAUUGAAGAACGAAACUUCCACCCUUUUCAAUAUCGUUGGUGGUUCAUCCCAGCCAAAACCUAUUGAAACCAGGUUAUUCUACCCGGAGCAGAAUGGGUCGUGUUACACGGCAGCAUUCCUGUGCUAAGUCUGAUAGAAUACUGUAAUGACUAACUUUGUCGCUUAAUGGUAGACUCAAAGACGGCAGGCAGGAGGAAUUUCACCACCACAAUUGGUAACCUCUGACAAUAAUAUUGUUCUCUCUGCUUCCAUUAUCAAGGUAGAUUACCCUACCAACGCUGUUUGAACGUCAGCUGUAUCAAUGAUUCCUCGAGCAGCUGCAAUGGGCCAUGGAGCUGUACAGUACAGAACGGAAUCUUCAGCCAAUCGCUUCUAAAUUGACCAUCAUGCAUAUAUAUACUGAUGGCAAUUGCUGUUUCCCUCUUUGCACUGCUCAUUCAUGUGCCUGUCCAGAUGUUUUACAAAAUCAUGCUACUCUUCCUGUUUCCAUCACCUUCACCCUCAGAACUCAUUUAACCACCCACCCCCGACAUAAAUAUGUUAUCUCUUUGACACUGUUUAUACCAUGGCAAACUUUAGCUAUCUACCACAUCUAUGCGUCACGUAGCUUUAUACAAUUUCAUCAUGUCACCACUCAGACGCCUUCGCUCCAGGGAAUACACAGCCCAGCGGCUCUAGUUUCUCCUAAUAAAUCCAGCCAUCGAAUCCAGGCAACAUUCUUGUGAAGGCACAAGGGAUUGCAGACGUUGGGAGCAAAACGCAAAGUGGUGAAGGGCGUCAGGCAGCAUCUUUGGAGGGAUGUGUAGAUAACGUUCUGGUCUAACGAAGGGUCUCGGCCGAAACAUGCUUGUGAAUCUUUUCUGCACCCUCUCUAGCUUAAUCGCGAGAUUCCUAUAUCGUAUAUAGGUUCCUAUAUUGUGGCGAUCUGAAAUGCACACGAUACUUCCAGUGCAGCCAAACAACUGUUACACGACGUCCCAACUUUAUACCACUUGUUUUCGCCGAUGAAGGUAAGGUUUACCAUCUCAAAAUACAUCGCGUUGCACUUGUUCCCAAUUAAGUCCAUCUACCAUUCCUUUGCCCUCGUUUCCAGUUGAUCAAUAUCCAGUUGUCACCUUCGCCCUCAUUUUUCACUAUGCACCAUGCCAUCGACCUGGGUGUCAUCUGCAAACUAACUAAUCACCAACCUAAUAAUUAACAAAAUCAUUAACAUAUAUGGCAUACAACAGAGGAGCCAGCACUGAUCCCUGUAGCGGACCGUUGGCUACAUGCCACCAAUCUCAACAAAAUGACCCUCCAUUACUUGUCUUUGUUUCCUAUAUCAAGUCAAUUGCGGGUCCAAUGUGUUCUCAGCUUCUGGCCCGUCUGCCACCCGGGUCUUAUUGAACUCCUGCCCUCAUCAAUCUUGUUGGUCACCUCUUAAAAGAUCAAAUAAAUUCAUGAGACAUUACUUCCCAUGCACAAAGCCAUGCUGCCUAUCCUUGAUCUAUCCUUGAUUUUCCAAAUGCAAGUUAUCCUGUCCCUCAG